CCAGCCCCCAGCCCCCCCCCUCAACUUGGUCUAUCGUCUCCAUGACAACGAAAACUCACUGAAAAACAAAAACAAAUUGAAAAAAAAAUAAUUUGUGUAUUUUUUUGGAAGUGUGUGAUUUCUGGCGGUUAUUUAAUAAGAGUUAUUUAAAGGAAGUUAUUGAUGGUUGUGGUUUAAAAAUAUUGGUUAAAAUAGUGGGUCUCGGCCUUUCUUAAACUGUGACUUUUUACCCUGUUGACGGUCGAGGUGAUUGACAAACAUCGACCAAGUUUGUCCUAAGUGAAAUAGUUUGAGAGGACAGACAUCUCGCCUUGGUGAGCCCCAGCGGCCAAGUGGACUCUUCUGGAGCUCAAUUUCUGUUUUUUUUCCCCCAAGAAGAAACAUAUCGGUGCUCUAAGUGAUCCCGCAGACCUGAGUGGAGCUUUUCUCAGAGGCUCCAGCCAGGCUUCAAGAGGAGGAGGAGAAGGACGGAAAGAAUCACCAUUAUCGGCUUUGGCUACAAACUUUCCCCCCAACUGGAUGAAAAUAGCCAGAGUUGUUACUGAAGAGUUGGUCAUCAGCGGCGGGGUCCUGGCUCUACCCCCCACCACCCCCCACCAUCACCCCACCAUCACAUCACCCCCACCAUCACACCACCCACACCAUCACCACCCUGCUCUGCCAUCACGUACAGACAUAUGGUUGUUGUUGUUGUGUACGUGACUCCAAAUACCGCCACUCGCUGUCCGUAAGUUCGUACGUGUGCUGUCUUGCGUGAACCAGUGAUACACGUACGACGAUACCACAGGCACAGUUAGGAACACUCAUUCCUUCCCCAGACAAGUUUUUAAUCUGCUCUAAGUACUUUGGUUCACCACAAUCAACAUUAGCGUCGGGGGAGCUGCUCGUGGCGUUCAUCUCUGGUAAAAUAAUGUUGGUGGAAGGUGUGAGGUUACUGUGAGGGCCCUGGUACUGUGAGGACCCUGGUACUGUGAGGACCCUGGUACUGUGAGGACCCUGGUACUGUGAAGACCUUGGUACUGUGAGGACCCUGGUACUGUGAGAACCCUGACACUGUGUGGGACGUGAUCGUGUGCGGUACAGUAUGACAUAGUGUGUCUUAGGGGAGACAGUAGAUGUGUCGAGGAGUUGUGGCCAUAACCUGACCACCAUUUCCCUCGUCCUGAAGUACCGCUCAGUCACCAUGAGUCACGGCGAGUCGUGCGCAGGCGUGGUAGGCUCGGGCGUGGGCGGUCACAAGAAGCUACGGCGCAAGAGGAAGGAGUUGGACGCCCUCGUACCCGAAGAUAAAGUCCGGCGUAAGUCCUCCUCCGCCUCACACCACGACCUCCUCCGCUCCGACUCUGAGGACCCCGAGGCCGACUUCUCGGGCGUGGCCGUGCUGGGCAAGCGGAUGCUGGGUGGAGGGCAUCAGGGCGGGAUCUGGGCGUGUCUGCCAGGGGCGUGCACACUGCUGCUGCUGCUCACUACCCUGGUGGGCGUUGGCGCCGCCCUCAGACUCCUGAUGCUCACCCGCCGUGACCUCGACUCUCUCCACUCCAGGAUAAACUCAGUGGAGGCGAGCAGUUCAGAGUUACCAGCUAAGUUCCAUGAGUCGCACGUCAGACUUCAGGAGUUGGAGAAGAACCAGAGCGCCUUGUGGGCCGCCGUCACCCAGAUCUCCUCCUCUCUCGCCGCCACUACCAAAAGAGUGGAGCAGCUGGAGUCAGACGUGAAGAGAAUCAAAGACUCCCUCAGUAGCGCCCCACAGCUCUCCUCAUUACCCAAGGAUGUGGUCGACCUGCAGGGCUCAGUGGCCACUUUUGGUUCCACGCUGCAGGAUGUUCAGUCGUCUCUGAAGGUGGUGAAACAAGAUCAUGAGAAACUUUCCUCUAAUGUCAAAGAAGCCACCAAUGCCCUCGAUAAUUUUAAGGAAGAAAUAUCACACUUACAAAAUCAGACAUUAAUGGACGUGGGCAGAGAAGGUGGGGGGAAAGGCGCCACUUUAGGAGAGACCGUCGUGUCCUUAAGAACCAACAUGAACUCGCUCAGCUCUGCCAUCACCACCAUCAACGCCUCUGUUAUAUCCCACGCCAAGGAAACUUCAGCAAAUAAGCAAAAACUUGAGAGUAUACAGCAGUCAAAUACAGACUUGAGUAAUGUCAGUCAGCGGUUAUCGAAUCUCGAGUCUUGGCACAGGAAGAUAGACCCCACUCUGCCCUCACAGAUUAGUAACCUGACCACAGCCUUGACCCAGCUGCAAGAAACCACCGAUCAACAUGCUCAUACACUACAAAACCUCACUCAAAGUGUGGACGUGGUGAAGGGCGUAGAGAGGAAGCUGGAGGGGAGUCAGGUUCAGUUGGCAAGUGGCGUGAGUGAGCUUAAACAACAGUUGCAGAAGAUGGAGCAGCAAGUGGCGACGAUGGCGUCUGCUGUCAGUAAUCCCUCACCUGCGGCAAACAACGAAACACAUAUUCGCAAGCAGAGACUAAUACACAGUGAUUCAGGAGCAUCAAGGGACAGCAGAGGACCAUGAUGAUGGAGUUUCCGUACUUUUUUGUCAGAACGAACUUUAUGUGCCAAUAAUGCUCUGCUUUUAUCCAAAGAUGUUUAAGCUAUUUUCCUUCUUAUGAAGAAGGCAGAUGAAGCUUUGCCUUCCCCUCCUGAUGUAGUGAAAUAGUUGGUAUGGACCUCAAUGCCUUCUUGUAGAGCUACAUUCCAAACUUUAGAUAUGUAAAAAAUGUAGAAAUGUGAGCAUCAAGACCAUUUUCAUAGCAUAGUUCUACCUGGUACUGUACACCCAGAAGUUUGUACCUGUAAACCAUCGACAUCAUGUACAGGAAUUAUGUCACCACCAUUUUAAUGCACAGUUACUUGGAGUAAGGGAAGUACUGUGUUGUAAGUGCAGUAUACCAGCUCAAUUAAAUUGACUUAUUAAUAUUGUUAUUCAUUUAUGUGGAUUGAAGAGAAACUGGAAAGUUAACAUUAACAAAUUAUACAGAGUUCAGUCACAUGUCCUUCACAGGAUGAUAAACUGCUACUCUUUGUAUUAUGUGUUGACAAAAAAACCUUAAGUUCACUAACUAAUGUUUAUCAUGACUUGGUAAUUUUAUGGUAACACUGUACUGAACCCUAGAACAUUUAAUCUGCAUUGGUCAUUUCACCAUCAUCUGCUCAUGUCAGGGAGCCUGUGCAAGCAUCCAAGUCACGGCACAUCAACACACACACACACACACACACACACACACACACACACCUCUAUUCCAUGGUUCUCUUCUUUCUUGUCUCCCAGUUGUUCCAAUGUUCAUUCUUCCUUUUUCCUUAUAUAUA